AUGGGAACCAAUAACCGAACCAAGAUCCCUCUCGUUCCUCUCGCCAAGGGCUCGGUACUGCUACCCGGCGUGACCCUUCGUAUUCCUGUCUCCAACCGUCCGGAUCUUGCCAAUCUUCUCUCAUCGCUCGUCGACAAGCCUUCGAGACGUGAUGCCAAUACUAUAACCUUCGGAUGCGUUCCGCUGAGCUCGCCCUUCCUCAGCCGCGAUGGCCAGCAACUUCUUGAGGGCGCAGACUCCGAUUCAGACCGGAAGAGCGAUUACGACGUGAUUGAUGCCGGUCAGGCGCGCAAAGAGGAUCUUUUCCGCUACGGUACUAUAGGAAAGGUCAUCGGAGUUCAGCGCCGGGCCUACUCUGAGCCCUUCCUCUUAGUCCAAGGCCAACAAAGAUUCUCAAUCAAGAAGGUCCUACGUGACCGCCCAUACUUUGAAGCUGAGGUGUUUCUUCAUGAUGAGAGUAACUCCGGCCAAACCGACGAAGAGGUGGCGGAUCUAUUCCAACAAUUGAGGCAGCUUUCUAGAGAGCUCCUCACGCUCCUUCGCCUUUCCUCGCUCCUGUCAGCCGCUUCAUCUCGCCUCUCGCCACUUGUUGCCCGCAAGUUCGAACUAUAUAUAUCUAAGACUGAAUUGGCACAGGCAGGGAAGCUGGCCGAUUUCAUGGCCGAUGUCUCCGACGCAAGCUUUGAAGAGAAGCUGCGCAUCCUUGCCUCGCUGGAUGUCAAAGAACGCUUGACCAGGGUUGUCGAAAUCCUUAGCCGACAGGCGCAACACAUUAAGAGUAGCGUCAAGGUGACCUCCGUUGGUUCAACCUCCUUCCCGUCGUCCGGAAUGGAUAUAAGCCAGAUCGACCCUCGUGAGCGUGAGAUUCUCGCAAAGCGUGCGAUGUCGGGACUGUCUGGCAUGACACCACCUGGAACAUCCGGGCGUGGCAAUGAUGAUGAUAAAGAGCCUAAUGAGGUAGAUGAGCUACAGCAGAAGUUGCAAGACGCGCAGCUUAGUCCUGAAGCCCGGAAGGUUGCAGACAAGGAAUUGAAACGCCUCCGCAAGAUGAACCCUGCCAAUGCUGAAUACGGUGUCUGUCGCACCUACCUGGAAAAUCUUUCGGAAAUUCCUUGGACCAAGGUGACCGAGGACCAGCUUGGCCCAGACACAUUGAAGCGAGCCAGGAAACAGCUCGAUGAGGACCACUACGGUCUAGACCGUAUCAAGAAGAGACUCCUUCAAUACCUGGCGGUUCUGCGCCUGAAGCAGACGACCAACUUCGACGUCGAGCGUCAGAUUGGGGGACUCUCUCGGGACUUGGACUCUUCUGUGGCUGGUGACGUUGAGAAAGAUGUGCCUUUGCUUUCCGAGUCUGACCGAGUUGCAUUGGAGACCAAGCUUGAGCUUCUGAAGUCCAAGCGCAUGACUGACAAGUCCCCCAUCCUGCUUCUUGUCGGACCCCCUGGAACUGGUAAGACCAGUUUAGCCAGGUCAGUCGCCGCUUCCCUCGGCCGCAAGUUCCACCGCAUCUCUCUUGGCGGUGUCCGAGAUGAGGCGGAAAUCCGUGGUCACCGACGCACCUAUGUUGCUGCCAUGCCUGGCCUAGUUGUGAAUGGUCUGAAGAAGGUCGGUGUUGCUAACCCUGUAAUCUUGCUCGAUGAGAUUGACAAGGUUGGUGGCGCUAACUUCCAAGGCGACCCAUCCGCCGCCAUGCUUGAGGUAUUGGACCCUGAGCAGAAUCACACGUUCACGGACCACUACAUCAACAUUCCUAUUGAUCUAAGCAAGGUGCUGUUCCUUGCCACUGCCAAUUCUCUGGAAACAAUCCCCCCGCCUCUGCUUGAUCGCAUGGAGACCAUCUCUCUAUCAGGGUACACGACUGUGGAGAAGCGUCACAUCGCCAAGCAACACCUGAUUCCCAAGCAGAUCAGGUCCAACGGACUUCACGAUGAUCAGGUUACUUUGUCUGACGAGGUUAUUGAUAAGACGAUCACCUCGUACACUCGUGAAUCUGGCGUUCGCAACCUCGAACGGGAGAUCGGCUCAAUCUGUCGCCACAAGGCUGUUCAAUAUGCCGAUGCCGGUGAUGCUGACCGUCUAGAUGAUUACAACCCUGUUGUAUCGGUGGAUGAUUUGGAGGAGAUCUUGGGCAUUGAGCGUUUCGAAGAAGAGAUCGCUGAAAAGCACGGCCGUCCCGGUGUGGUGACCGGUCUUGUCGCUUACUCUACCGGUGGCCAGGGCAGCAUCCUGUUCAUCGAAGUGGCAGACAUGCCUGGCAACGGACGUGUCCAGCUGACAGGAAAGCUUGGUGACGUGCUGAAGGAAUCCGUCGAAGUCGCGCUCACCUGGGUCAAGGCACACUCCUUCGAGCUCGGUCUCACCCAUGACCCCAAUGAGGAUAUUAUGAAGAGCCGGAGUCUCCACGUCCACUGCCCCUCUGGCGCUAUCCCUAAGGAUGGACCCUCUGCCGGUCUUGCGCACACCGUCGCAUUGAUUUCUCUCUUCAGCAACAAGCCUGUGCCCCCACAGAUUGCUAUGACCGGAGAGGUCUCGCUACGGGGCCGAGUCAUGCCUGUCGGCGGUAUCAAGGAGAAGCUGAUUGGUGCUCAUCGCGCGGGAGUCAAGACUGUCUUGCUGCCUGACCACAACCGCAAGGAUGUCAAAGAUGUGCCGCAGGAAGUGCAGCAAGGGUUGGAAAUCAUAUAUGUCAAGCACAUCUGGGAGGGGCUUCGUCAAAUCUGGCCUGAUGCUCAAUGGCCAGGUCAGCAGCACAUGAACUUUGUCGAGAGUCGUUUGUAG